ACCGUACCUACCUUCGUAAAUAUAUAAAGGAUGUAUAAAGGAAUUGUACUGUACUGUAGUCAUGCCCUGCCUGUGAUUCUCCCGUCUCUUCCCUGCUGCAGGAUAAUGUCUGAGGGCGGCAGUCGGGGCGACGUGGCAAUGAGGGCGAACGAGAACGUCCACAGGCCGGGGAUCACGCCGGAGGAGAUGGCGGCCGGCUACGACGAGUGGUCCGAGAACUACGAGGAGAUGAUGAUCUGGAAAGGCGGGUACCGUGGCCCCGCCAUCACGCUGGAGGAGGCGCUGCGUUGGGUACCCCCGGAGCGGCGAGCCAAGGCCAGGGUGCUGGACGUGGCCGCCGGGACGGGCUGCGUGGGCCGCGAACUCCACCGGGAAGGCUUCAGCCACUCCCACAGGCACAUAGACGCUGUGGACCCGUCGGAGGGCAUGAUGAAGCAACGGGAGACUGGCAUCUAUACCAACGACUUCCUGGAGUUUAUCGGCAGCGGACACUCCACCGUGCCCAAAGGAGGCUUCGUGAUCAUCGUGAUGCGCCAUGAGCACCUACAGACCGUGCCUUCCUACAAGGACAAGCUGGAGCCUUACAUGGACCAGCUGGAGGCGGACGGGAAGUGGAAGAAGGUGGAGCGGCGCACCGUCCCAAACUAUUUCUGUGACAAGGAGGGUACUCGUCUUCGUCUUCCGCAUCACUAAGCCUGAGUGAGGAGGAAGAGGAGGGAAGGGAAAGGAGAGAGAUGAGGAGGAAGAGUUAUAGUUGUGCUGUGCCAAGGCCGUCUCUGUGUUGCAGCCUUGGCUUUCGUCGCGGCACCCGAGACUGAGGUGUGAAUUAUCGAGGUCUGGCAACCUGGUGUCAUGGCGUCUACGA